AUGAAGCAGGCGGCAGUCCACGCUAAGGCUGAAUAUUUCAACUCCAAGUCCGGGACUUUGGCACGGCGGGAGGAAUCAGCACAAAAGAGCUAUCCUGGGCAAGAAUCAUCAUACCCUCCCAAGCGGGCUGAUGACUCUUCAGCGGGUCACAAGCGAAAGGACGACCGCGAUAAUCGGCAGGGAAGCUCGAAGAAGGGGCGUGAGAAAUACGGUCACAACGACCACCAAACGCCACUAUCGAAUCACGACCGCGCUCAGGAAGUCUUCACCCUGUUGAAUACUACAUAUGAGGCCGUCUUGAUGAACGAACACGACCAAAUCCCGAAACCAAACAACCGAAAGCCCAAUCGGCAGGACAAUCGGGAUACCGGUAAAUUCUGCCGAUACUACCAGCAUAACAGCCACAACACCGAAGACUGCAUCAGUCUCAGGAAGAUCGUUGAACGCCUGAUUCGGGAAGGAAAACUGGAUCAAUACAUUGCCAGACCACCGCAAGCACCAGCCCCAAACGCGAAUUGGCAAAUCAAUAUGAUCAGCACCAUCAGCGGAGGCACCACUCUGGCAGGACCCUCUAACCGAUCGGUGAAACAAUAUGUGCGUGCCGCUCACUACCCACAAGGUCCCAAAGGUGGGUUGGGAGCCCAUCACCUUUUGCGAAGAAGAGAAAGAAGGGAUCAUUUACCCCCACGAUGA